UCGAUAAAUGAGUAUGAAAUUCUGUAUUAUUGCUUUAUUUUUGCUUGAAUUUCACAUAUUUUCAUUCGUUAUGAAAGUUAGGAUAUAAGAUAUACCUAUAUUAUUGACUAGGUGCAAAAAACUUUUUUUGGAGUUUUCAUUUAAAAUGAUAUUGUGGUAUAUUAGGACGUUGUUUUUGGUGCAAUCAUUUCUUGAGAUAUACGCGUUUAACACUCCUUACCGUGUUUAUGAUAUGAUUCCCCAAGGGAUUUGCAAGAUGCGUCGGAUACCACUUUUGGAUAAUUUUCUCACUCAAAUUGAUCCAAUUUUGCUUAAUGCCGAGCAAGGAGCUAUUUUUCAACAAACCUGGAAUUCAUCAUCAUUCAAGAAAUAUUCUGAUUGCAAAUUCUAUGUGCAAGCACCUCCUCAUAUGGGCCUUUAUCUAACUGUUAGCAAGGUGCAAUUGCGUAAAAAUCGUAAUGAUAAUUGCAUUGAUACUCUCGUAGUAAAGAAAAGCAAUGAUAAAAAGCAUCAAUUUUGCGAAACACCAGAUGAUGAACCAAAAGUGCUUUAUGAUAAUCGCGGUCGGAUGCGAAUAACAGUUAACUUAGAUGCCAAUUUAGCUCUUCCAUUGUUAGAAGAUACUCUUGAGGUACAAGUUAUAGUGACGGUAAAACGAAAGUGCGAUGUCGAUGGAUAUUUGCCAUGUGAAGAGGACGAAAACGAUUCGUGUAUUAGCAAAUAUUUCUUCGGCGAUGGCUUUGUCAACUGCCCAAACUGUCUGGACGAAAAGGGUUGCGUUAAGGAUAAUGAGCAAGUCCAAAUUUUCAAUCCAUCAAAUGUAUUUUUUAGUGCUAUAAUUUCUCUGCUGGGUACAAUGAUAGUAUUCGGAGGAUGUCUGUGGUGCGUAUACAGACAUCGUCAUUGCAUUGCCACCUGCAAUAGUAAUAAUAGCGCGGAAGCUGUACGAAGCAGCCAUAUCAAUAGAAAUUCUUUGGACAGUGCCACAGUUGACCAAAUUCAGGUAGAGUUACAUGCUACUUCACAACCAACGGCCCCACCCGAAGAAGACAAAGAUCUUCCGCCAAGCUACGAUUCGCUGUUUCCAGUACCUUCUACAGCACGAUGAGGUCUAAAUUCAAAGAUGCCAGAUUAACAAACUGAUGCGAACUUUCCAAUGCUUAACUAAAUGUUUUCUUAAAAAAAAAAAAAAAUACAGUCACAGAAUUUAAGAAAAUAGAACGCUUUUGUACAGAAUCACUGUUUCUUCAGCCUGCUAAUAACUCGGAAGAGUUGAACUGAUUGUUAUAUCAUUGUUUUCUAGAAAACAUUACUUCGUGAGUUUGAAGUAUUUUGUUUUGCAAAUGUUUAGGAUAUUUGGCCGUCAUUGUCUUAAUUUAAGAUCUAUGGAGGUACCGCGUAAUAAGAUCUGCACAAACUUAGAGCAUUAGUAAAGAAACUAUUUAGGUUAUUUAGAAGUGAAUAUCUAUAUAUUUAUUAUUCUGAUCGUUUUAUAAUGGAAGAAUGUAUUAUUUUUUAGACUUUUGUACUAAAUGCAAUAGUCUACGAAAGCCUUUAUUUUAUUUGAAAAACAGCCAAAAUGAAAGAAGUAACCUAGUUGUAAAUAGGGACAACGAUAGCCUGUGUAUAUAAUGCGACAGUAAACAUUUUGAAUAAAUGCAUUUGUGUAAUUAA